GCCCAGCCCCGCGCGGUAAGAUGGCGGCGGCGGCGGCCGAGCCCGAGUGCGAUGUGGUGAUGGCGGCGCCCGACGGGCCCGGCGAGCCCGACGGCGACGAGGACACGCGCAGAGAAGCAGAAGCAUUCAAGGAGCAAGGAAACGCGUACUAUGCCAAGAAAGAUUACAACGAGGCGUACAACUACUACACGAAAGCCAUAGAUACCUGUCCCAAUAAUGCCAGUUAUUAUGGGAACAGAGCUGCCACGCUCAUGAUGCUGGGGAGGUUCCGAGAAGCGCUGGAGGAUGCUCAGCAGUCGGUCAGGUUGGACGACAGCUUUGUGCGGGGCCAUCUGCGGGAAGGGAAGUGCCACCUUUCCUUAGGGAACGCCAUGGCUGCCAGCCGCUGCUUUCAACGAGUUCUAGAACUGGAUCAUAAGAAUACGCAGGCACAGCAGGAGCUGAAGAACGCCACGACCGUGCUCGAGUAUGAAAAAAUAGCUGAAGUGGAUUUUGAGAAACGGGAUUUCAGGAAGGUCGUGUUCUGCAUGGAUCGUGCUCUGGAGUUUGCUCCCGCGUGUCACCGGUUCAAAAUCCUCAAGGCCGAGUGUUUGGCGCUGCUGGGCCGGUACCCCGAGGCUCAGUCCGUGGCCAGCGAUAUCCUGCGGAUGGACUCGACGAACGCCGACGCGCUGUACGUGCGCGGGCUGUGCCUGUACUACGAGGACUGCAUCGAGAAGGCCGUGCAGUUCUUCGUGCAGGCCCUCAGGAUGGCCCCGGACCACGAGAAGGCCUGUCUUGCCUGCCGGAAUGCCAAAGCACUUAAAGCGAAGAAGGAAGACGGGAAUAAAGCAUUCAAGAAAGGCAACUACAAACUAGCGUAUGAACUGUACACAGAGGCACUAGGAAUAGACCCAAAUAAUAUCAAAACAAAUGCCAAACUCUACUGCAACAGGGGGACGGUUAAUUCAAAGCUUAGGAAACUCGAAGAAGCGAUCGACGACUGCACGAACGCGGUGAAGCUGGACGACACGUACAUCAAGGCGUACCUGAGGAGGGCACAGUGUUACAUGGACACGGAACAAUAUGAAGAUGCUGUAAGAGACUAUGAGAAGGUUUAUCAGACAGAGAAAACAAAAGAACACAAACAGCUCCUAAAGAACGCACAGGUGGAACUGAAAAAGAGCAAACGGAAAGACUACUACAAAAUCCUGGGGGUGGACAAAAAUGCCUCUGAAGAUGAGAUCAAGAAGGCUUACAGGAAACGAGCACUGAUGCACCAUCCAGACCGACACAGUGGGGCAAGUGCAGAAGUACAGAAAGAAGAGGAGAAGAAGUUUAAGGAGGUUGGUGAAGCCUUUACAAUCCUGUCAGACCCCAAGAAGAAGGCCCGCUACGACAGCGGGCAGGAUCUGGAAGAGGAUGGAUUGAACAUGGGAGACUUUGAUGCAAAUAACAUCUUCAAGGCCUUCUUCGGCGGGCCGGGAGGUUUCAGCUUCGAAGCUUCUGGUCCUGGAAAUUUCUUUUUCCAGUUUGGCUAAGAAGCAAACAAACACAAAUCAAACCACACAUACCUGAUCUGCUUCUUUUAACCUCGAAUACGGACAGCCCCAGACUCCUCCUCCAUCACGUCUCGUUGUCCUUAGAGCAGUUUCAUUUCUGGGUUGGAGCCUCUGUUUGUGUGUUGUGUGUGUGAAGAGGAAACCAGCUCGGGAGGGGAAGGCUUGUGAAUUUUGUUUUACUGUUAACUUUAUUAAAAAAAAAAAAAAGAAAAAUAAAAAUAAAGCUUUGAAUCUUUUGGUCCCUCCAUGCUGGCCCAUGCUUUCAGCUGCUCCUGCCCCUCAGCACAGAGGAUUUCCUGGAAUUUUCCUGGAAUCUCCAUGUGUGAGAGGGUGAAGGAAUCUCCUGGUUUAUUUUGGUUGGCUCUGAAGCAGCAUGUCCAGGGUUUCAAGUAACUUGUAAGUUAUCCUAAUUUUUCGGAAAUAUUGCCAAUGCUCAAUCCAGUUUUAUACAAUCCCAUUUCACCUGCCAGCUGGAUUUUUGACUCUUUUUAUUUCUUUUUUUUUUUUCCCAUGGUUCUCCCAAGGUCCACUCGGGCAUUAACUUCAGUGAUAAUGUGUGAGCUUACAAUUCUGUAUCAGAGAAAUGCUGCUUUGAGUUUAAAGAGCAGCUUAUGUGAGAAUUCCCUGUGAUGCAGCUGGAAUUAAGGGCUUUGUGUUCCCAGGAUUGUCCUGUUUAAGGGAAUACUGAAUUUGCUCUGGGCUGAAUUCCUUCACUGUACUUUUUUUUUAAUUAAUCCACUUGAAUAUUUCAUAUUUGUGCUGAA